AUGGUGAAGGUGUUGCAAAAUCAACUGCCCAAAAGGUGUAUUGGGUUAGUGUCGUCACCAAUAGUAUCGCCAUCGAUACUGGUUCUUAAUAGAUGUAGAAAUUCACAGAGAUGGCUUUCAAUAAGAACAAAUUCUAGUCUACCCACUUCGAAUAACAAUAGGCUUUUUUACCACUCAUAUGCUAGACCAUCUCCUUUCAAGUUUCAAUUUCAGUUUUACAAUACAUUGAACUCAAGUUCUAAAAGAUUUGCAUCUAUGUUCCCGAAUAUUAUCAGUAAAGUUGUUAAAUUUCCCACCUACGUAGGUGGUGGUAUGGCUGCUGCUGGCUCAUAUUUUGCCUAUAAAGCCAACGAAGCUCACAGUUUUAUGAGUGACAAAUGGGAUCAAUUUAGGGAUUUCGCCGGAAAUGUAAGGGACAAAUUUGGGAAUAUUUUGCCUGAUAGUGCUGCUACUGGCUCUGGAGCUGGUGGGAAUAACAAUAAUAAUGAUGGUGGUGGUGGCGGCGGCGAUUCCAUGGCUGCUGCUUCACUCUUUUCUGAUAAUGAUAGUGAAAAAACAAAAGUUGCUGGAGAAGAUGAAGAUGAAGACGAAGAUGACGGAUUAGAUGAAGAUAAUACACAGGAUGAAAUGUUGAAUUUAAUGAAACAAAUGAUUGAAAUCAGGUCCAUUUUAAACAAAAUCGAUUCCAAUUCUGCCCAUUUAUCACUACCCUCCAUUGUAGUGAUUGGUUCGCAGUCUUCUGGUAAAUCUUCUGUAUUAGAAUCCAUCGUAGGCAGAGAAUUUCUACCAAAGGGUUCUAAUAUGGUCACUAGAAGACCGAUAGAAUUGACUUUAGUGAAUACUCCAAAUACAAAAGAAAUUACCGCCGAUUUCCCACUUCUAAGACUCUACAAUUUAACGGAUUUUAAAGAAGUGAAGAAAAUACUAAUGGAAUCGAACAUGGCUGUACCCACAACAGAAGCAAUUUCUGAAGAACCAAUUCAGCUAACCAUAAAAUCAUCAAGGGUCCCAGAUUUGUCACUAGUGGAUCUACCCGGUUACAUCCAGAUAGAAGCUGCUGAUCAGCCAAUGGAACUGAAAGGAAAGAUUCGUCAGCUGUGUAAUAAAUAUUUGGCGGAUCCAAAUAUCAUCCUGGCCAUCUCUGCGGCAGACGUGGACUUGGCAAACAGUGCUGCGCUAAGAGCCGCUAAGGCCGCCGAUCCACAAGGUUUAAGAACUAUUGGUGUGAUUACAAAGCUUGAUCUAGUACCACCUGAAGUGGGGCAUAGCAUAUUAACUAAUAAGAGAUACCCAUUAAAGAUGGGGUAUGUUGGUGUCAUUACAAGGGCUCCUGGAUUGGGUAGAUCUCAUUUGGGACUCUUUGGUAAUAGAGGUGGAUCUGAGGGAAAAAUUCCACAAUCGGCUGCAAUAGAACCCCAGCAGGUUGCUGUUCGUGAAUUUGAGAAAAGCUAUCUAAGGGAACACAAGAAGCAAUUUAGCGAUUGUCAAGUUUCCACUAAGAAAUUGCGUGAAAAGCUAAUCAAAAUUUUAGAAAUUUCUAUGUCUAAUGCAUUAGAACCAACUUCAAUGUUAAUUCAACAAGAACUGGAUGAUACUUCAUAUUUAUUCAAAGUGGAAUUCAACGAUCGCCAAUUGACUCCCAAAUCGUAUUUGCUUAACAAUGUCGAUGUUCUCAAAUUGGGUAUAAAGGAAUUUCAGGAGAAAUUUAAUAGGAAUGAGUUAAAAUCGAUUUUGAAAGCUGAUUUAGACCAAAAAGUUUUAGAUUUUUUGGCAACCAGAUAUUGGAAGGAUGAGAAUUUGCAAGAGUUAUCUUCAAAGAUGAAUAAUGAUGACGAAAUAUUAUAUUGGCAUAAAAAAUUAGAAUUGGCAUCUUCAAGCUUAACCAAGGUUGGUGUUGGUCGUCUUUCUACGAUGUUGGUCACUAAUGCUAUUCUCAAAGAACUAGAGAAUGUCUUACAAGAGACACAGCUGAAGAAUCACGAUUUGAUCAAAGAGUUAGUAACCAAUACUGCAGUAAACGUUUUGAAUGCCAAAUAUUACGCUACUGCAGACCAAGUAGAAAACUGUAUCAAACCUUUCAAAUAUGAAAUCGAUUUGGAUUCUAGAGAUUGGAAUAUUGCCCGUGAACAUUCCGUUUUACUAAUGAAAGAAGAAAUAAGGCAAUGUAACGAUAGAUUCCAAGCCAUUAAAAAUUCUAUAGGGGGCAAAAAAUUACAGCAAGUAAUGGCAUAUUUACACAACGAUCCCGGCAAGACAGAGACUCUUGGUAUGUCUAAGCUUUUACUAGAACGUGGAUCCGAAGCCCUUUUCCUCAAUAAAAGACUACAGGUACUGGGAUUCCGAUUACAGCUGUUGAAAAACAAAUGCAAUUCUGUUUUAGAGAAGGAUCAAUGUCCAGAAGUCUUUCUCAACGCAGUAAGUGAUAAAUUAACAUCCACAGCGGUCCUGUUCUUGAACGUUGAGUUGCUCAGUGAUUUCUUUUACAAUUUCCCUAUCGAACUGGAUAAGAAGCUAAACGGUUUGACAGAAGAACAAGUAGAAAUGUUCGCCAAGGAAGACCCAAGGAUUGCAAGACAUAUAGAACUACAGAAGAGGAAAGAGCUAUUAGACCUAGCAAUAGAAAAAAUUGACUCUAUCCUUGUAUUCAAGAAAAGUUACAAGGGCGUUUCCAAGAAGAUUUCACUAUAA